GACGGCUUCGGCGCGAUGACAGCACCGGAACUGUCAAAGUCGGCACAUCAUUACUUGCAAAAAGCAAAACAUUUCUUGUGGACGCGAUCAUUCUCACCUAAACUAAACUGUAUCAAGAUGGACGCUGCCAUUAAAGUAACGCCGAAAAUGCCGGCCACAUUCAACGAGUUCAUGGGCCAUCUGGAGCCGCGCGAUGAAACUUGCGUCGCCCAACUGCAGGCCGUCCAUCCGCUGAAGCAGUCCGAGCUGAACUUCGACCAACAUCGUCACAAUCUCAACAUGCAAAUGCUGCGAAAGCACGAGGGACUAGCGGCCCCGCUGAAAAUUGCGAUGGAACUGAAAGCCGUUUCGAAGGUUGGCCAUUUGCCGUUCCUUCCGUCGACAAAUUUGGCCCGCGACGUGCUAACGGGCCGGGAUGAAAUGAUCGAAUUCUCGGACAUCUUUAACCUGGAGGAGCACCAGGAAGUGAUGCGUCAGCCCCAUGCAGUGAUGGAGAAGGCAUUGGGGAUGUAAGAAGGAAGUGGAUUGUUUAUACACAAUAACAGCAGAGGCGAGCACGGAGUGUUGGGGUUUGGAAUAAAUUCUUAAGAACGUAAGAAUU